AUGGACAACCCUCGUCUGACCCAUAUCGUUAUCUGCACUUUCGUCCAACUAUCGAAAGUCUGUCUGACCAUGGAGGAGUGGGUGAACUUCUACUUUCAACUGCGAAUGACCCGCAAGUAUUUAUUCCGAACAAUGGUUGAGACCAAGUACCACGAGCUCCCCCUGGGACGCUUCGCUUGGCCGGGAGUACCAGGAUCUUGGUACAAUAUUAGUCCCCUGGACGAGGAACCUGACGUGAUUACGCAGAUUAUACAGGCAGACUGCCCUCCCUGCUUUGAAUGGAUCCGCAAGUGGGCCCCCCCGUGUUGCCGCCACUGGGUUCAACGAGCAUAA